AUGAAAGGGCGUCUUGCUGCCCUGGUCAGGCCUCGAGAGGCCCCGGUCGUGGAGCAGGAAGUGCCCGGUGCAAAAGCCGCUACCGACAAGGAAGCCAACAUUGUUAGUGAUACAUUGCAAUCCCCCUCCGAUAUCGACCACGACUCGGACGCCAUCUCUGUGGGCGCCCAGGCCGGUAUCCAAGAUGUGGAAGCCUUAGCCAAGGUCUGGACAAAAACCAGCCUCAUCGUGGCUUACGUUACUAUUUGGUGCAUAUACUUCGUCGAUACCAUGCAGCAAGGGAUGUCAUCUACACUGACGCCCUACGUGACGAGCGAAUUCAAGAGCCACUCUCUGACGGCCGCUACGAGCGUUUUUUCUAGCCUCAUCGGCGGGCUCUUCAAGCUUCCGCUGGCCAAAAUUUUGGAUAUCUGGGGCCGCCCGCAAGGUUUCGUUGCUAUGAUGAUCAGCUUGACCAUCGGGCUCGCCAUGAUGGCCGGUUGCAACAAUGUCGAAACUUAUGCCGCGGGUCAGGUGUUCUAUUGGGUUGGCUACAACGGGGUCUCUUACGCCAUUUCCAUCUUUAUAGCCGACACAUCGGCACUCAAAAACCGGGGGUUGAUGUUCGCGUUCAUCUCUUCCCCCUAUAUCAUCACCGUGUGGAUCGGCGGGCCGUUGGCGGAUGCGUUCUACCAUGGACCCGGCUUUCGGUGGGGUUUUGGCGCUUUCGCCAUCAUCACACCUGCCAUCUGCUCACCACUCCUCGUCUUAUUCUACGUCAACUACCGCAAGGCUCGUAGGAUGGGCCUCAUCCCGGAUCGGAAGAGCGGCCGUACCUGGAUUCAGUCAGUCAAGCAUUACGCUAUUGAGUUCGACGUGGUUGGGCUUCUUCUCAUCACGGCCGGCCUGGCCCUCUUCCUCCUACCUUUUAACCUCUACGCUCAGCAAGCCGAACGAUGGAGGUCACCAAUGUUGAUCGCAUUCUUUGUCGUUGGGGGUCUCCUCCUUAUCGCUUUCGCCCUGUACGAAAAGUUUGUCGCGCCCAAGACCUUCAUCCCUUACGACUUGCUCAUGGAUCGCACCGUCAUGGGCGCCUGCGUUCUUGCUGGCGUGCUGUUCGUCUCAUUCUACAUAUGGGACAGCUACUUCCCCUCUUUCCUACAAGUGGUCAACGGCCUCGACAUGACCAAAUCGUCAUACAUUGUCAACAUUUACAGUCUUGGCAGUUGCUUUUGGUCAUUCGUCGUCGGUUUCCUCAUUCGCGCCACUGGCCGCUUCAAGUGGCUUGCCCUCUACUUCGGCGUGCCGGUCACAAUUCUCGGUGUCGGCCUCAUGGCGCAUUUCCGUCAGCCGGACGUUAACAUCGGAUACAUCGUCAUGUGCCAGAUCUUCAUCGCCUUUGCGGGGGGGACUUUGGUCAUUUGCGAGCAGAUGGCCGUCAUGGCGGCCACCACGCAUCAAUACAUUGCCGUCGUCAUUGCCGUCGAGUCCAUGUUUUCCAACGUCGGCGGCGCCAUCGGCUCGACCGUGGCUGGUGCUAUCUGGAACAGCGUAUUCCCCCAGAAACUGGCCGAGCACCUCCCGCAGGACUCGCUGGGCAAUCUGACGACCAUCGUUGGCUCGCUCGAGACGCAACUGUCGUACCCCAUUGGGUCGCCCACCCGAACGGCUAUUCAGCAUGCAUAUGGCGACGCACAGCGGAUCAUGAUCAUUGCAUCUACGGUGGUUCAGGUCAUCUCCAUUGUGUCGGUUGUUGUGUGGCGGGAUAUCAAGGUGAAGGACUUUAAACAGGUCAAGGGCUUGGUUGUGUGA